AUGUUGUUCACGCCGCGGCUGUAUACGGAAGACACGUGGGGUUCGGUUCUCGGCGUGGACAACUUCCACUCGCUGCCCUGCUACCACACCAGGACCUUCAUCUUCUCCAGUCAAACGGAGGCGGGCCGCAUGUUGUUCACGCCGCGGCUGUAUACGGAAGACACGUGGGGUUCGGUUCUCGGCGUGGACAACUUCCACUCGCUGCCCUGCUACCACACCAGGACCUUCAUCUUCUCCAGUCAAACGGAGGCGGGCCGCAUGUUGUUCACGCCGCGGCUGUAUACGGAAGACACGUGGGGUUCGGUUCUCGGCGUGGACAACUUCCACUCGCUGCCCUGCUACCACACCAGGACCUUCAUCUUCUCCAGUCAAACGGAGGCGGGCCGCAUGUUGUUCACGCCGCGGCUGUAUACGGAAGACACGUGGGGUUCGGUUCUCGGCGUGGACAACUUCCACUCGCUGCCCUGCUACCACACCAGGACCUUCAUCUUCUCCAGUCAAACGGAGGCGGGCCGCAUGUUGUUCACGCCGCGGCUGUAUACGGAAGACACGUGGGGUUCGGUUCUCGGCGUGGACAACUUCCACUCGCUGCCCUGCUACCACACCAGGACCUUCAUCUUCUCCAGUAAGUCAAGCAUGGGUGCGUCGUCGAGCGACCGGCUCACGGAGUGGACGGUGGACCUGUACCCGAAGGGCGUCUGGUUCAAGAAGAGCAUGCUCAUCGUGUGGUCCGGGACGUUUGAUGUGCCCGAAGUGGUGCUCCGCACAGUGCGCGUGUCCAUCACGUGCCAGAACCCGCCAGACGCGCCCGACUACGAUGACCAGCAAGAACCCGACGUGCGGGUCAAGAUCGGGCUCCUAGUUUGGGGCGUACAGAAGGGUGUGGAGCAUAUCGCUUCUGUGGUUGAGAGGGUACACAGGUUCUCUGCUCAAAAUAGGGUGCUAAACAUAGAUGGCGCGCUGGACUUCGACUCGCUGAACACGCCGCUGUACUCCCCCGCGUGCCGCCCCGCCUGCAGCCAGCCCGCGCAGGCCUCCGCCUCCUCGCAGCCGCACAAGGAGAGUUGUCCGAAAUGCAGCGAAAGGUGCGACAAUCCGGAGCCAAAGCAUCUAUUGGGUCCCAACAGGGACCAACUUAGAAUCCAAGUAGUAAUCGUGCCGCUAACGGACUACUGCCACGUCGGCAUUCCCGACACGGUCACAUGACCUACCGUCCUCAUCAGACCGAGCCGGCCUCGCACCAGACCGAGGCAAUACCGCUUCAGCUUCAACAGGGCUUGCACUAUGGACUUCGAGAACAUUUCCUGGCUGUUUGGAAACCGACCGUAGUGGCAACAAACCUACUUAUAUACCUUUAUCAAAUAAAUUGAUUGUGUAAGAUUAUACUCCCACGUGGCACUCCUGACACGGCCACAUGACCUGCCGUCCUCAUCAGACCGAGUCGGCCUCGCACCAGACCGAGGCAAUACCGCUUCAGCUUCAACAGGGCUUGCACUAUCGACUUCGACAACGUGUCCUGGCUGUUUGGAAACCGACAGUAGUGGCAACAAACCUACUUAUAUACCUUUAUCAAAUAUAUUGAUUGUGUAAGAUUAUACUCCGACGUGGCACUCCUGACACGGCCACAUGACCUGCCGUCCUCAUCAGACCGAGCCGGCCUCGCACCAGACCGAGGCAAUACCGCUUCAGCUUCAACAGGGCUUGCACUAUGGACUUCGACAACAUUUCCUGGCUGUUUGGAAACCGACAGUAGUGGCAACAAACCUACUUAUUUACCUUUGUCUAAGAUAUUGAUUGUAUAAGAUUAUACUC